AUUUUGAUGCAUUACCAAUUACCAUCCAAGAGUUUUGAUGGGGUCAGAGACCCAAAUGCCUAAUUAUAUCUAAAAACAAACGAAGAAGAAUAGACAAGGACUCAAUUAAACGAUGUUUCUCAAGCGUCGUCACGUCACACACCGAUUUCGUAUUAUGCUCACCGAGUUCUGCGGUGGUUUUCGUUAUUUCUGUUACAAACAGUGUCGAAUCUCUAUAUCUAUAUAUAUAUAUAAGCAAAGCAGAAGAAGAAGGAGGAAAAUUAAUUGGAAAUGGCGUCUUCCGACAAGUUUGUCUUCCUUUCAACUCUGGCUGUUGUUCUGUUUCUCCUUCCUGUACCAGCUUCCUCACACGACGCGGCGAACCGCAAACCAGUCCUUGAAUACCACGGUGGUCCUGUCCUCAGCGGCGAUCUGAAAAUUGCCGCGAUAUGGUAUGGCACCGUCGGCCGCGUCCAGAAAUCAGCCAUCCGCAAAUUCAUCCGCUCACUAAACAAAGACAAAACACACGCGGAGCCGCAAGUGUCGGCAUGGUGGAAGAUGGUGGAGAGCUAUCAAAGUGCAGUCCCCGGAGGCCCCAAAACAAGCCCUACCAUUCGAGUGCGCGUCGUCAGGCAAAUAACCGACAAGUCAUAUUCCAUCGGCAAAAUCUUAACCCAAGAUUUCAUACCAGGUCUUAUCAAGGAAGCAACCGGCGGAAACACACAUUUGGUGACUGCCAUCUUCGCUGCGAAGGAUGUUUCGGUGCAGAAUCUGUGCAGUGGGAAAUGCUCAGACCAUGGGAUGGUGGGCACGGGGCCGGACGCUCAGCUGUACACGCUGAUCGGGAAUCCGAUGCUAGAAUGCCCUGAAGCAUGCGCUUGGCCGUUCUAUAAGUCCGGGGCUAAUGAUCAGAUGCCUCUGCCAAUGAAGCCACCGAACAAGGAUGUGGGCGCUGACGCCAUGGUCAUCAACUUUGCUGCAGCACUGGCUAGUCUCGUCACCAAUCCUUACAACACUGGCUACUACACCCCAGAUGGACCGCAUUGUCAGCUCGAGGCCGUGACUAUUUGCCCUAAGAUGUUCGGCACUGGCGCAUUUCCCGGCUACGCCGGCAAGGUUCGUAUCGACCCAGCCACCGGCGGUGCAUUUAAUGCACAUGGCUCCGGUGGUAAGAAGUUCUUGCUCCCCGCAAUCUGGGACCCCAAGACGUCCUCGUGCUGGACCAUCAUCUAAGUAUGCCUUCCUCAGUUUGGUUUGAGGGAUUGAGUAACAACCAUAGACAGAGCACAAGUUUCUUACCAGACGUGUCUUUGGUGAAUAAAGAUGGAAAUUUCCGAUAUUAAAAGUGUUUUUCCUUAAGGCAUGGUAAAGAAUGAAAAUUUGUCAAAAUCUAUUUUACUUCUAGGGAUUAAUGCACCUCGAGCGUGUAAAUACAAAUUUUGCCAUCCUUUAUUUGGUUUUUGGCUUGUUAAAUGGAAUCUUAUAAUAACCUAAAUGAGAUCUUUUUUUAUAUAUAUAUAUAUAUAAGCUAAAUGAGAUGUUAUAAUCUUAUAACUUGAAAUGUUAUAAACAUAUAAUCUUUUUCUUUUCAUAUUUUUAAUCAUUAUCAUUACAAAUUUAAUUAAUUAUAAUAAUGUCAUUGAAUAAAAUAAAAAAACAACCGAAGUGUGUUGGGUUGUGCCAUGCUUGAGCCUAUGCAGGCUUGUGUCGUGCCGGGGCCAAGUCUUAGGCCAAGUCGGGCCAUGAAUUGGAUUAAUCCGUGUUUUAUUGAAAAUUUUGAAAAAAAUAAUAAAAAAGUUAAUAUAAAUUUAA